UAAACCGUCGUCUCUUUGUACUUUAUUUCCCAAACUCAUCACUUUAAAGUUAAAACAACAAAAUCCCAAGCGAGGGAAGCUAAAUAAAAUGGCAUCAAAGUUCGGGUUAGCUGGUGGUAUACCGGAGCGGCGGGUCAGACCCAUAUGGGACGCUAUUGAUUCACGCCAGUUCAAGAAUGCUCUCAAAUUAUCCACUUCACUGCUUUCCAAAUACCCUAAUUCACCUUAUGCUCUUGCACUGAAAGCGCUCAUUUUAGAAAGAAUGGGUAAAUCUGAUGAGGCGUUGUCUAUUUGCUUAAGCGCUAAGGAGCUCUUGUAUAAGAACGACGCCAUGUUAAUGGAUGACCUUACUCUCAGUACGCUGCAGAUUGUUUUUCAACGUCUUGAUCACUUGGAUUUGGCAACCAGCUGUUAUGAUUAUGCUUGUGGUAAAUUUCCAAAUAAUUUGGAACUAAUGAUGGGGCUUUUCAAUUGUUAUGUUCGCGAGUAUUCCUUUGUCAAGCAGCAGCAGACUGCUAUCAAAAUGUACAAGCUUGUAGGUGAAGAGAGGUUUUUGCUCUGGGCAGUUUGCAGUAUUCAGCUGCAGGUACUCUGUGGAAAUGGAGGAGAGAAACUAUUGCUCCUAGCUGAAGGCUUACUUAAGAAGCAUGUUGCCUCCCACAGCUUGCAUGAGCCGGAAGCUCUUAUUGUCUAUAUAUCCAUAUUGGAACAACAAGCAAAGUAUGGGGAUGCAUUGGAGAUUCUGUCUGGGAAAUUAGGAUCACUUAUAGUGAUUGAAGUUGAUAAGCUACGCAUACAGGGUAGGCUGCUUGCCAAAUCAGGUGACUAUACUGCUGGAGCCACAAUAUAUCAGAAGAUCUUAGAAUUAUGCCCUGAUGAUUGGGAGUGUUUCCUGCAUUAUCUAGGCUGUUUGCUGGAGGAUGAAAGCAGCUGGUCUAAUGGAGCAAAAAGCGAUCCAAUUCAUCCUCCUAAAUUUGUGGACUGCAAAGUCUCUCACUUAGCAGAUGAAGUGUUCGAUUCUCGUUUAUCAGAUGCAUCAGCUUUUGUGCAGAAGUUACUGGCUGAUGGAAAUAAUGGUUUUAUUAGGUCUCCAUACUUGGCGAUUCUUGAAAUUGAAAGGAGACGUCACUUGUAUGGAAAGGCCAAUGAUGAUGAGAUAAUGGAAGCACUACUCCGUUAUUUUUACAAGUUUGGUCACUUAGCCUGCUGCACUUCUGAUAUUGAGGUGUUUCUUCAAGUCUUAACUCCAGGAAAAAAGAUGGAGCUUGUAGAGAAAUUAGUGAAAAGUUUGGACUCCCUUACAACAAUCCCAACUAAAGUGCUUGGGCAGUCAAUAACAGUAUUCAAAAUACAACAGUUGAUUGGAAACUUGUACAAACUUCCUGUUAUUGGACUUGAGGGCUUUGCUAAACAAAUGGUGGAGAUGUAUUGGAAAAGCCUUCCUCUUUCAAAGGACCUGGAUCCACAAGAGAGUAUGCAUGGAGAGGAGCUGCUAUCUAUGGCGUGCAAUGUGUUGGUUCAGUUAUUCUGGCUUACAAGAAAUGUUGGCUACUUUAUGGAGGCAAUUAUGGUUUUGGAGUUUGGUCUGACUAUCCGACCACAUGUAUGGCAAUACAAGAUCUUCUUGGUGCACAUGUAUUCGCACUUGGGUGACCUCUCAUUAGCUUAUGAAUGGUAUAAAUUUCUGGAUGUGAAGAAUAUAUUGAUGGAAACUGUUUCACAUCACAUUUUUCCCUAUAUGUUGCCAUCUCCUCUUUGGGUUGAUUCGAGUAAUCUACUAAAAAAUUACCUUAGGUUUAUGGAUGACCACUUCAGGGAAUCUGCAGACCUCACAUUUCUUGCAUAUCGCCAUAGAAAUUACUCAAAGGUGAUUGAGUUUUUUCAAUUUAAAGAACGGUUGCAACAAUCUAAUCAGUAUUUAGUUGCAAGAGUUGAAACAUCAAUUUUACAGCUGAAGCAAAAAGCUAAUAACAUUGAAGAAGAAGAGGGUAUCCUUGAAAGCUUGAAUUGUGGGAGUCACUUUGUUGAGCUUUCUAAUGAGAUCAGAUCCAAAAGUUUGACCUUUAAUGAAGAUUUUCACUCACGGCCUUGGUGGACACCAGCUCCAGAGAAAAACUAUCUUUUAGGUCCUUUUCAAGAAAUCUCCUAUUGCCCUAAAGAGAACUUGACAAACGAAAGGGAUGAGAAUGUGAGAAAUGUCAUUGAAAGGAAGUCCCUUCUCCCUCGGAUGAUCUAUUUAUCUAUUCAGAGUGCUUCAGUUUCAUUUAGGGAGAAUUCUGAAGUUGAAGCCAAUGGGUCCAUUCCUGAGCCCAAAAUCUCCUCCGAGCUGAGGUUUUUGCUUGAGGUCUAUGCAAAGAUGUUGGGAUCCUCUUUAACUGAUGCAAUAGAAGUGGUUAUUGGAGUUUCUAAUGGCCUAAAAUCCUUUGCGGCUUUUGGUCCAGACUUGGUCGACUGGCUCAACUUUGCUGUGUUUUUUAAUGUCUGGAGCUUAAAUUCCCGUGAGUUCUCACAUCCUGGUGGUGAUCAGUGCGGGAGUGGUAUUUGGCAAAAUUUGGAUACUUUGCUGGAGAAGAGUAUUUCAGAGAACAUCAAAUUCAUGGGUUCUCUUAUUUGCUCACCAAGGGGUGAUCUUCCAACUUUAGUUCAGUUAGUUACAGAGCCAUUGGCUUGGCAUGGCCUUGUACUCCAGUCCUGUGUUCGAUCAUCACUUCCAUCUGGAAAGAAAAAGAAGAAAGGUGGGUCUAUAGAACUGUCCGCCUCUCUGCUAUGUAAUACGGUUCGAGAGUCAGUUGAUCGUUCUUGUGGUUUAGUGGAAGAGGUUACUAGGUGGAUAAAGGAACAGAUUCACAGACCAGAAGAUGAGGUUAUGGAAAUUUUACUCGACUCUCUUAAGAAUAAGGGGCAGGAAGAAGGGCCUGGGCAGGUAUUCCAGGUUGUCGAAAGUUUCAUCUCUUCUAUGGAUGAGGUUGAACUUGGUGGUCGGAUCUCCCAAGCAGUGAAGUCCUGGAAUAUUGUUGAUGUUGCAAGGAAGAUAGUGACAGGGAAUUGUACAGUAUUGUCCGAGCUCCUUCGUAUUUGUGAAUCAAAAAUUAAGCUCUUUCAGGGAUUGAAACAUCAGAUAACUCAAGUCUGAAUAGUAUGAAGGUCGCAAAUCAAGGUUUCUUUAUAUUUCUUGCUCAUAUGAGGGCACUUAACGUGGACUUUGGGAGAUUAAUCUGGUUCGCCCAUAUAGCCCUAUGGCCUGGCAACGGAAUUAAAGAAGAGAGCGUUCAACUUUAUUUAGGGUGCCUUUAUUUAGUCAUUUUAUAUGCAGAUUUCCACGCCAGUAGUGGUGAGUCUUGAGUUGUGGUUGAGCUCUUUGGGUAGUAAUUGAAAUUCUGUACAAGGUUUUCUUGAUUGACAGUGUAUACCGAACUGAAAUCUGGAAAAUUGUUUGGAACUAUGCUUCUUUGUUUCCCUGUUUCAAAAGGUUUGUAAGUCAAUUUUUUCAUGUGAUUCUUUGGCGAUGUAACAAUGCUUGGAUAAAUAUUUUUGUUUCUGUUGAGUAAAAGAAUGAGACAUUGUCGUUUUAGUUGAUAAAA